UAUACGGGCUCUUGGAUACCCCAUAAGGGAAAAGGAGCGUUUUUUUCUGUAACACUUAAGAUUGUCUCCUUGCCACCGCAAUGUCGCAGCAGCGCGCGCUCCCCCAGAGCAAGGAAACCUUCCUUCAGUCUUACAACAAGAGGCUGAAAGAUGACAUCAAGUCGGUCAUGGAGAACUUCAGAGAGAUAAUCAAAACUGCAAAGAUUGAGGAAGGAACCCAAGUUUCUCGGACAACCCAAGGCCAGCAGGACAACUAUGAGAUGCAUGUCAGAGCUGCAAAUAUUGUUCGGGCUGGCGAGUCUCUUAUGAAGCUUGUCUCUGACCUAAAACAGUUCCUGAUCCUCAAUGACUUCCCUUCCAUCAACGAAGCCAUCAACCAGCGGAACCAGCAGUUGCGCAGCCUUCAGGAAGAAUGCGACAAGAAGCUUAUUGCCCUGCGUGAUGAGAUCUCCAUAGACCUCUAUGUGCUGGAGGAAGAAUAUUACUCUUCCGGCUACAGUCUGUGUGACACCAACAACCUCCUGCUGUGUGAAGCAUAUUGGAGACCGGAGCCAACCACGUCCUCUCCAGAAGGCCUAGCCAUGCCUCUGGUGGCUGCCAUGCAUGGAGCAGACCUGAUGGAGGAGGCCUGAAAAGGGAGCCUGAAAGUCUCCCCAGCUUUGUGGCAUUUUGACAGUUGAACGGUCUGGUGGUGCCAGUUCACCUGAAUACUUGAUUGCAACAUGCUUGUGGCGUUGUUAAAAGUAGGAUUUUGUGGGGG